AUGCCAGGAACGGUGUCAGAGGGUCCGUCCGUGGCUCUGAGUUUUGCCAACAAUUUUUGGGGCAAAGAUGACGCUGGAGUCGACCCUUUACUUCAGCGCAUGCACAAUGCAAAGGUUACGUGCGACGAAUUGAAAUCGUUCUACCAAGCCCGCGCCUCGAUUGAAGAUGACUACUCUCGCAAACUAUUGUCCCUUUCCCGCAAGCCUUUGGGGUCCCAGGAGGCGGGCACACUUAGGGCCUCGUUGGAUGUCCUACGAGGAGAAGUUGAGGCGAUGGGGAAAUCCCAUCAGAAUAUCGCGGGACAAAUGAAGACAGAACUCGAGGAGCCGCUGGCGGCAUUUGCAGGUGCUAUGAAGGAGCGGAGAAAGAUCGUACAGAAUGGAAUAGAGAAGCUAUUGAAAGUCAAGAUACAGCAGACGAACCAGGUUAACAAGACUCGGGACAAGUAUGAGCAAGAAUGUUUAAAGAUCAAGGGAUACCUAGCACAAGGCCACAUGGUCAUGGGCCAAGAGGAACGGAAGAACAAGGCGAAGUUAGAAAAGACCCAGAUAAACCUCGCAACAUCCAAUACGGAGUACGAAAGUGCAGUCAAAGUUCUCGAGGAGACCACCGGACGAUGGAACAGAGACUGGAAAGGUGCCGCGGAUAAGUUCCAGGACCUUGAGGAGGAGAGAUUGGAUUUUAUGAAGAGCAGUCUCUGGAGCUUCGCAAACAUAGCCUCGACGGUUUGUGUUAGCGACGACGCGUCCUGCGAGAAAGUUCGACUGUCGCUCGAGAACUGCGAGGUCGAAAAAGACAUAGUUUGUUUCAUCAAGGAAAGAGGAACAGGCCAGGAGAUACCUGAUCCACCGAGGUACAUCAAUUUCUGCCGUGGAGAUGUUAGCGAUACACAAUCCGAAGCAUCAGAAGAUGACAGCUACUCAGUCGCACAAUUCCAGCGAACUAUCAACCCAGCUUAUAGAAGCUCCUCUCCUCAACCUUCCACAUACGAAUCUCACCAUGAUCCCAAAUCAGCUCUUGCUCGAGACUUCGGCCACGAACCCGGAACCCCUGAGAGUCGUGAGGCCACUGUAACCCCACAGAAAAUGAUACCCGACCGAUCCAGGCAACCGCAACUUGACUAUCAAGCUCAACCUACCAGGAACCAAUACGAUCAGAGUCAACAUGGCGCGUUGGCUGCUGUACCGCAUGAUCCCUAUCCAAUGGAUGGAAUGACAAUGCUAUGUCGAACAGGGCCCCCUUCAGAGAGAAGCUCAGCACUCAGCGGGGGAGGUCGGCCUUCGAGCCGCGACUCUCAAAGCGAAUAUUCCAACCCUACCUCAUUCUCAAGUCAGGAACCGCCUAGCGGUAAGACAUCUCCAGUCAAGCAGGUCGGCCCGCCAGCGGAGAAACAAGUUUUGAAGAAGAAGAGCGGGUUUUUCCAAGGCCAUAGCCCAUUCAGACGCAAGAGCAAUAAGGAGAAGGAUCAUUCAAGGACUGUUGGCGCCCCAUCAAACCGAAAUACAUGGUCUGCCAGCCGCACUACGAAUAAUCAAAAUGAUCAAUCGCGGCGAUCUCAGUAUGGUCAAGAUUCUCAAAGCAUGAUGAUCAGUGACAGAGCCACUCACAGUCCGGAACCGGUUGAUCCUCGAGCGAACUUUCAACUAAACAUAGGAAAUAAUGUGUUUGAUGUCCAGGCCUCGGACCGAAAGGCAAAAUCUGGCCAGAAGGGAUCUCAACAGGAGGAAGAGCUAGAUCCAAUUGCCCAAGCUCUCGCCGAGUUGAAGGGCGCAACCAAGGCUUCUUCGUCACGAGUCUCAGCAGAUAACUAUCACGGGAUACCAACUCCAGCCCCUGGAGCAACCCCUAACUCUCGACUGGGAGGGGGUCAGAUGGCUAACGGUGCUCUAAUGGCCGGAGUACGAGGCACACCGCCCCCAUCCUAUGAUCAGCCAGUAUCAAGACUUGGACUUCCACAGCCAGCCUUCACUUCCAAAGCGAUGCAACAGACUCGGCAGAAGUAUGAAGACCAAGCAAGAGAGAUGUUCAAAGCGCCCCAAGCACGUCCUGACUCCCAGGGAGGAUACGGUUCAGGCUCGCAGUCUCGGCCAGGAACGCGAGGGAAUGAUAUGCCACGAGCUACAUCUCCAGCCCCGCCCCGCAGCGUAUCCCCCCGUCCAGGCAUGCAAGUAGAUACCAGACAAGGAUAUCGAUCUGCUUCGCCCAAUCCUUAUGGUGGGAGUCAGCGCUCUCGGACCCAAUCCGCUUCUCCCCAAAAGCGUGGUUCUGACCAAGGCUACUACCGCCACAACUCGCCGAACGAGGUCGCUCGAGCUGUUUCACCAGCUCCUUUCAGAGACCAGGAACGACCUAACAGUAGUCAUGUUAGCAAUGAUAUGGCUGUCCAGCUUGCACCUGCUGGCGAUGGGUACGGAUCUCAAGGACGGGGAAGCGGACGAUCGGGUGGUUCUAGUUCUUCGAGAACAAUGAGUUACUAUGAAGGCAGUGGUUCACAACAUGGUUCGGCCACUAGGCAACGGAGCAAGAGUGUUGCGGAUGUUAGACAGUAUAACAGAGAAGGACGGCCAAUUUUACACUUCGCACGAGCCAUGUACAUGUACCAAGCAGCUAUUCCGGAGGAGCUGAGUUUUGCUAAAGGCGACAUCCUGGCGGUGUUGAGACAUCAAGAUGAUGGAUGGUGGGAGGCGGAAAUUGCUGGGAAGAAUGGACGACCGGGCUUAGUACCCAGCAAUUACCUUCAGAAUUGCUAA